AACAGCAGCAAUGGUGUAGCAUUCAGGUACACCAGUAACAGUAGCAAUGGUGUAGCAUUCAGGUACACCAGUGACAGUAGCAAUGGUGUAGCAUUCAGGUACACCAGUGACAGCAGCAAUGGUGUAGCAUUCAGGUACACCAGUGACAGCAGCAAUGGUGUAGCAUUCAGGUACACCAGUGACAGCAGCAAUGGUGUAGCAUUCAGGUACACCAGUCACAGUAGCAAUGGUGUAGCAUUCAGGUACACCAGUGACAGCAGCAAUGGUGUAGCAUUCAGGUACACCAGUGACAGCAGCAAUGGUGUAGCAUUCAGGUACACCAGUGACAGCAGCAAUGGUGUAGCAUUCAGGUACACCAGUGACAGCAGCAAUGGUGUAGCAUUCAGGUACACCAGUGACAGCAGCAAUGGUGUAGCAUUCAGGUACACCAGUGACAGCAGCAAUGGUGUAGCAUUCAGGUACACCAGUGACAGCAGCAAUGGUGUAGCAUUCAGGUACACCAGUGACAGCAGCAAUGGUGUAGCAUUCAGGGUUUUGUGCCAGCUAAGAACAAUGAGUUUCGGUCAGAGACUAUAGUCCCAGCUGCCUUUGCUGCCAUUGAUGAGAUCAACGCCAACUGCAGCAUCUUGCCAGAGUACAAGUUAGUGCUCGAGUUUGUUAACACGAAGUGUGACCCCUCUGAGGCAACAUGGCAACUCAUUAACUCCAUCGUGCUUCAAGACCAGGCUAAGAAUGUGACCAAGAUCAUGUUCUUUGGAGGGGGGUGCUCUCUGGCCACUGAGCCAUUGGCUGCACUAGCUGGACGCUUCUACGAGAUACCCAUGUUAUCUUAUGGAGCGUCAUCUCCGGCCUUGUCUGACAAUCAGAUGUUCCCCAAGUUCUUCCGCACUCUUCCAUCUGAGACUCAAGCUAACAGUGCUCGCAUUGCUGUCAUGAAUAAAUACGGGUGGACCAAGGUAGCCACUCUCCAUGAGACAGAAGCCAUCUUCACCUCUAGUGCAGACAACUUCCACAAACAGUAUGACGAUUAUAUUACUAAUGUGCUGAAAAAUUCUGAUCGAAAUGAGCUCAUUCUGAGAAGCUUCACAGACAACCCUGACAUACCCCUGGGUCAGAUCAAGGCCGAGGACAUCCGCAUCAUCAUUGGCUACUAUUACGAGAACCAAGCUGUCCAGACCUUGUGCAAGGCCUUCAAGAUGGGUCUACAUGAGACUAAUAACCUCUGGAUGUACAUUGCUUGGUAUGACAGUGACUGGUGGAUGGAUCUCAAUGGAACUACCAACUGUACUAUGGCUGAAUUGAAACAGGCCGUCAGGAACUCGUUACUGUUUGACUCUUAUAACCUGCCCACUGAUAAAGAGACUCCCACUGACACUGGCAAUAGUAUCACCUUCAACCAGUUUAAAGCCAAGUACGAUUGUUACUUGGAGGAGUUUCUGACUAAUGAUCAGACUAGAGAUCUGAGCAUGGGCAACUCGGUACCUCAUCGUUACUUCACGUACACCUGGGACGCUGUCUACACACUGGCCUUUGCACUGGAGCAAGCUGACAAGGAACUCAAGGAGAAUCACUCUGAUAUCUCACUGGAUGAUUUCAAGUACUUUGACAACCGUACUGCCAUCAUUCCUCAGCUCAUCACCAAGUACAUGGCAGACACUGACUUCAUUGGAGUAUCUGGUCGUGUGAUAUUUGACACGAUGGGCACACGAAUAUCCACAAACGCCGUCUUUCAACUGAGAGAGAACAAUACGACAGAUGAACUGGAUCUGGUGCUGCUUGGUAUCCACUCCCCUUAUGGAGAGUUUGAGAACGUCUCCAACUUGACCACCAACUUCCAAUCCUUUAACUUCACUAUUGACCCAUUAUUCAACACAGCCGGUGGGAAAGCCCCGGCUGACAGAGUGACGCCCGUGGACAAGUACAUCGACCCAGCUCUCAUCUACGUGUGUGAUGUCAUCAUCGGCAUAUCUCUAAUCAUUGCUAUAGCCCUACUCAUCUUUAAUCUUGCCACGUUUCGAAUGCCGCUAAUUAGAGACUCCGCCCCUCUCGUUAACAUGGUCAUUAUCCUCGGUUGUAUUCUCAUGCUCAUUACGGCCAUCAUGCUGGGUAUUGACACACAAACCCCUGAUAUCAGGACCUCUGCUAUGGAGUACAUCAACCAUCGAUACACAGUCUUCUGUAACCUGCGGCUGUGGUUCUUCACUCUGGGCUUCACUCUCUCCUUUGGUGCUCUCCUUGCCAAGACUUCUCAAGUCUAUCGUGUCUACACGAACCAGAGUCUCAAGAAAGAGGAUCUACAAAUGUGGCGAUUCUUCCUCAUUAUUGGGAUAUUCCUACUCAUCGAUGUCGCCUAUCUCUCUUUCUGGACGGGAGUGGAGGAAUUCAGGCUCAAACGCGGCCUCAACACAACAAAUGAGGCCGGAGAGCAAUUUGUGCACGAGCAGUGUGACAGUUCACAGUUUGGUUACCUCAUUGGAGCUCUGUACGUGUACAAGGGACUGUUGGUUGUGUUUGGGUUGUUCUUGGCUUACGAGAGUAGGAAUGUCAAGUACUUCAAGAUCAAUGACUCACGCUUUGUCAGCAUUGCCAUGUAUAUUGUGGUCAUCUUGAUUGGUAUCGGGGCUCCGCUCAGCCUGGUGCUGUCAGUGUACCACUUUGCUGACCCAGCAUAUGCUCUGUCAGUGUUCAUGAUAGUAGCCUCCACUCUGUCCUGCCUGCUCAUCAUUCAUGUGCCCAAGUUCGUGUACAUGGCUAAGGGCAAGGACACUAUGAUACAGGAGAAUAUGAAGGAGGAGAUUGCCGAGUCCUCGGGACUGCAGCUGGGCACUGCUGUGGACAUCACUGGCAUCAAGACUACUGAGAUGGAAGUAGCUGACCUGCGCUCUAAGAAUGAAGAGCGUGAGAUGGAGCUGAGGGACCUCCAGACACUGAGUGUGGCCACAAAGCCGCGUAAUGGCUCUGACAAUGACAGUGGGGUGUUGGUGACAGGGGAUGAAACAGAAACCUUCACCAGUGAAAUUGAUGAAAAUCGUCCGAAUACAGCCACGCCCUCUGAGGCCCCGCCCACUCCUGGGACCUCACUUUGAACUCAUUGAUUGGACUAUUAUUAUAGCAUAUACAGCAGUCCUUACACACAUCCCUCUAGUUACCUCUGCUCUGAAGUUAUCCUUUUCCAUCGAUCACGUGUGACAUUAUUGUAUUUAGAACAAUUACUUCAUCUGUGUGUGUAUAUAUUACUUAUACUUUUUUGUCUACAAUUAAUUAAAUAAUGCUUGUUUAUUAGGA